UUCAACAAAAUGGCGUAGAAAACCUAGUAUGCCUCUUUGUGGACGAAGUUUCGGUAUACUUCGGUUCCAUCCCAAAGAAACGAAACCGAAAUCCAAACCUCGUUUUAAAAAUUCGCACGUAUUUUUUACGUUAUUUGGAAACAGUUGCCGUUUGAUCUCAAAAUCCAAACCUCGUUUUUACGUUAUUCGUAAGUGAGGGUGACGUCCAAAGUCGCUGAACCAGUGGCUGAACCCAUUUCCAUGGCCUCAAAAAACCCUAGAACUUUCAUAUCUAAUCUCAUGUAACAAAACCCUAGCCCAAAUUUCCAGCUCAUCAGCAAAAAGCCUAGAAAACCCCUUUGUCUCUGCAACUCCUUUAAGAGUUGGGUAAAAAACCCUAGAUUGGUCCGCAAUGGAGUUUCAGAGGUUUCCAAUGGACCCUCAGAUAGCUGGAGAGAAAGCAAUCUGGGCCGUUGGUUCUGGCUUUGAUCUAACUGAUGAUAUUUGGUUGUCAAGAUGCAAGCGUGGGCCUUCGGGAUUGAGAUUGAUCAAGAUUGAAGAAACCUUGGUUCGAGAUAUUGAUUUACCAGUGGGUGUUAUAGUUUCGAAUGUUCCUAAAUCGAUUACCUAUGGCAAAGGAGAGAGGACAAGGUUUUCAUCUGAUGUUCUUUCUUUUCAGCAGAUGUCAGAGCAUUUCAAUCGUGAUCUGUCUCUUUCGGGUAAAAUUCCAUCAGGUCUAUUCAAUGCUAUGUUUGGUUUUCCAGGGUGUUGGCAGAAGGAUGCAGCUGCUUCACAAAUCCUUGCCUUUGAUGGGUGGUUCAUAACGUUCUACAGUGUUCAACUCACUAAAUCACAGUUAACACUAUGUGACCAUGUUAAGCAACAAGUUCCAUCGUCAUGGGAUCCUGCUGCUUUGGCUGAGUUUAUUGAGAAUUAUGGUACUCAUGUUGUUGUGGGUGUAAAAAUGGGAGGCAAGGAUGUUGUUAGUAUCAAACAGCAGCACAACUCUUCUCUCAAGUCAACCGAAGUGCAGAAAAUACUGAAGAAAUUAGCUGAUGCAAGAUUUUCUGAUGUCAUCCCUGAUUCUGAUAAGAUAUCAAGGCAGAAGGAGUCUCUACUAGGAAAUCUGGAGUCUCACUUAAUGUUCUCAAACUCUAAAAACAAAGUUGUGUCUCAUUCUAAGAAAGAGGAAAUUGUAAGCAUUUCCAUUAGAAGGGGAGGAAUUGAUAUAGGUCAAGGUCAUACCCAAUGGUUAGGCACAAUUUCACAAGCACCUGAUGUGAUAUCAAUGUCAUUGGUGCCAAUAGCUUCUCUCUUGCAUGGUAUCUCAGGCAGUGGAUUUCUCACUCAUGCAGUAAACUUGUACCUUCGUUAUAAACCGCCCAUUGAAGAACUCCGUUAUUUCUUGGAGUUCCAGGUACCACGACAAUGGGCUCCAACAUUUGGAGAGCUCCCUCUUGGGCCUCAGUGCAGGCAGACCGGAUUGCCACAUCUCCAGUUCUCCUUUAUGGGUCCCAAGCUUUUUGUCAAUACCAUGAAUGUCGAUGUAGGAAAAUUCCCGGUCACUGGCAUCCGCCUCUACCUCGAAGGAAGGAAGGGCAAUCAACUUGCAAUCCACCUCCAACAUCUCUCCUCUCUCCCCAAAAUCCUCCAAGUCUUUGAUGAGCAGGCCCGCGAACCUGCCCCGCCCAAGCCCAAUUACUUUGAACCCCUCAAAUCCACCUGCUUUUCUCACAUAUACACUGCCCCCGUACAACAUCAAGGUGGCCUCAUCGAUGAUAAUUCGGCUCCCAUAGUCACGAGUGCACGAUUAGAGGUGAGCCCAAAGAGGGCUCUAUUCUUGAGAUUGGGCUUCUCUGUUGUGGGUUCUGCUAAGAUCCGACGGUCAGAAUGGGAAGGGACCUCAAUGGGUCCCCCUCAGAGAUCAGGGGCUCUUUCGUCAAUGUUGGGUCUGGGGCGCCUGGGUCCCUCUGAGAGGGUUGAGAAGGUGGAAUUGAACUCGGCUGUGUUCCCGAGGGCACCACGAGGCCCAAUGCAGACCUCGGGGGUUUUGAAGUUUGUGGACGUUUCAGAGAUGGUGAGGGGGCCGGAGAGCUUGCCGGGAUAUUGGGUGGUGAGUGGUGCUAAAUUGUGUGUCGAGGGGGGGAGGAUAUCGAUGCGGGUUAAGUACUCAUUGUUGACGAUAAUGGAAGGGGAGGAUACCUAAAGAGAACAGAGACUUGCAACAGAAGUCUGAAUUAGACGAGUGCGCACGUCUAACCAAUGGCCUAGGUAUUUGGAGAGUUGAUGAAUUCUUGUAUAAUGUCUUGAGCACCCGUUCCGCUCCCUUGUGGGAGCGUGCUGUGUAUAUACUCCACUGGGUGAAAGACCUGCUCAGGAGAAUAUUUUUUAUGUGGAAUUUUGGAAUGCUCAUCACUAGAUGCGUAUUCCCAAACAGAAAAAAUUGGGAUUUCAAUUUCCUAUAUGCUUCGGUUUGAUUGUCGGAAACUUGGACAUUCUCUAUUCAAUAUGAGGGUGUUAUUUAUUUAUUCUAUGCACUUAUAGGGU